GCCCCGCGUUGCAUAAAACCUCCCCCCACAAACACCAAAUUCCAGAUGGCCGGCGGCAAGAAGAAGAAGAAGCCGGUUUCAAACCCCGCGAGAGGUUUUGCUACUACUUCUAUUGCAUCAAAACCCAAAGUUGAAGCUACUGACCCUGAGCCCGAGCCAACCUCGACCAAAGAACUACCUGGAGCCCCCCAAACCCAUCAAGGGGAAAGUGACCAAGCCGUUGGACCAGGGGAAGGAGUCUCCGAUAACCCAUCAAAGACCUUAACGCCUGAAGAGUUUGAAAAGCAACUUGAGGAUUCCGAACUCCAAGUGCUAGUCGAGAAGCAUGCCCAGAAAUCGAAAAGAGAUGCACUUCGUCAGAAAACUAGAUUGGAGACCGACCACCGCAUCCUAAGAGGGCAGGCCGAAAAUCUAAAUACCAGAAAAUGGCUUCCACCUGAACUUAUGGAGGAGAUCUUGGAUUUAAUUAAGGAAGAGGGACGCUUUGUUGGCCAAGCCGCAGAUUCUACCACUACGUUGAAACAGUCUUCUGAGGAGGAGCUCACAAUACGACUCUGGACAUUGCAGCAAUCACUGAUCAGUGCCGGAUUUCUGGAACCAAAAGUUAUCCUAGCUUUGCAGCAUGUACUGGACAUAUCAGAUAAGAUUGGGGCCAGUAAUAAGGAUGCAAUCUGGGGCAUGGAGGAAGCUCUAGAUUGGCUUGCACGAGAAUGCUCAAGGGAGGAACUUCCCGAUUAUGAGAAUUUGCAUCGCAAGCAAGGGUCGUUUCCAAAGUCUCAGACCGAUACACCCAUUGAUACUCCUUUGACAUCUGGCCUAAGCACUCCGCGUAUCGAAUCAGAUACGCGACACAUUGGGUCUAGUUCAUCAAGUGCAGAGAAUAUGUCACGGGUUAAUAAGAAACUCGGUCCAGUCAAGAAGAUCACUUCGUCGGACUACGACAGCGAUAUUGACCCAGAUGACCUUCUGCCAGUGUAUCUGGAGAGUAAAACGAAGUUAUUUCAUCUAGAUCCAUCAAGCUCGGGAAAAGUCUCCAAACGCUCAAAUCGUAACCAUAACCCCAAAUCGCAAGAUAGGGAGCCGACUCCAGACCCAGAAUCGGCCAAACUCCUCCGGAAGAUUAAAAAGAUUGAAGACGACGUCCUGUUUGAUAAGUAUCUAGCUGAUCAACAAUGGGAGGCUCGACGUAUCCAACUUGAGAGAGACGCAGCUGUCCGCAGGAACGCAGAACCUGCCCAAACCAGCAAUGAUUCGCAGGAGUCAGAAACCCUGGUUGAUUCAGACGAUGAGGUAAGCCGGGAAGCAGCAAAAAUGGGUGCAGCUUUGCUCGAGGAAGUUGGCAGUGAUGAUGAUGCUGCUCUGGCGGACUUAUUUGCAAGCCUACCAGUCACAGAAGUGGAUCCUGUUACCGGGAAGAGCAGCACUGUAGUCAACGGCAGCAAUGGAGUCAAGGUCACUAUUAGAGAUUUUGGGAAAUGGACUGGGGUAAAUCCAACCAGAGUUCUGGAAGAAGCUUGUCGAGCUAGAGACUCAUCUGUGAAACUAUCCUAUACACUUGUAUCUGAGACAAGUUUUUCCAACCGCCAUUCUCUUCGGAUUACUUGGACCAAGGUGCAGGAUCCCCUAACAUCUUCCCUGCCUCCUGGCAUUGACUAUGUAACCUCGCCAAAAACUCAGACAUUUACCAUGGUAUCAAUUUCUACACCAGACGCCAAGCAAUCGGAGGCUUACAUUGCUACGACGGCCCUGUUUCUCAUUUUUGGCUCUUCUUCGAGAGAGGAAAAGGUCUUCCUGCGCUUACCAGCAACAUGGCGAGAUCUGUGGACCGAAUUCGCAGAAACAAAGAAAGAGAAAGCCGACGAGAUAGAUAGAGAGGCCAUUCGUACCUUUCGUGACAUGGUGCGCAAGAAAAGAGACCAGGAACUGGAAGAUGGCGUUUUAAUCCAAGGGGCGUUUAGAAACCGUGGUUCUGCCCGCGUCGCUGACAAUAACGAUGAAUCGAGUCAGGAGAAGUCGGCUAGGUCAUCCCUCACACUGGAGGCAUACCAAAAGAUCUGGGCAGAUAAGUGUAGCUCCCCAAGUUAUCAAAUGAUGCUACAAUCACGCAUGCAACUCCCAAUGUGGGGAUUUAAGGAAGAAGUUCUUUCGGCCAUUGACCGGGAACAGGUGAUCAUAAUCUGUGGAGAAACUGGAUGUGGCAAGAGUACACAGGUCCCUUCGUUCAUUUUAGAGCACCAGCUUUCUAGAGGCAAACCCUGCAAAAUAUACUGCACAGAGCCGCGAAGGAUUUCGGCUAUUUCCCUUGCAAGACGUGUCAGUGAAGAGCUGGGUGAGCGUAAGAACGAUCUUGGGACAUCUCGGUCCCUAGUUGGUUAUGCCAUUCGGCUGGAGUCGAAUACAGCAAAGGAAACCAGACUCGUGUAUGCCACCACUGGGAUUGUUAUGCGUAUGCUCGAGGGAUCAAACGAUCUCAAAGAUAUUACCCAUAUCGUUCUGGAUGAGGUGCACGAACGGACUAUCGAUAGCGACUUCUUGUUGAUCGUACUCAAAAAGCUCAUGCUGCGAAGACCUGACCUCAAGGUGGUUCUAAUGUCUGCGACAGUUGAUGCUGAACGUUUUUCAAAGUAUCUAGACGGGGCUCCAGUCCUGAAUGUUCCUGGCCGCACAUUCCCUGUUCAAGUCAAAUAUCUAGAAGAUGCUGUUGAGUUGACUGGAUAUUCUGCUUUCGACAGUGGCCCUCAAGAGAAAUUUACUGAUCUCGACGAUGAUCUUGACGUACCAGAGACUGAUCUCAGCGACUCAACCAAAGCUAAAGGCACCAAAGAACUGCGAGGUUAUAGCAACAAAACUCGAACCACCAUAUCACAACUUGAUGAGUACCGCAUUGAGUUUGAGCUGAUCACACAGCUCAUUGCAAAAAUUGCCUCGGAUGACAACCUAAUGAUGUAUAGCAAGGCGAUUCUUGUCUUCUUGCCAGGAAUCGGAGAAAUCCGGCAGCUCAAUGAUAUGCUUUCUGGGCAUCCAUAUUUCUCCUCUAAUUGGUAUAUCUAUCCCUUACACUCAACUAUUGCCAGUGAGGACCAAGAAGCUGCCUUUCUCGUACCACCCCCCGGUAUUCGAAAGAUCGUCCUUGCCACCAACAUAGCUGAGACUGGUAUCACAAUACCCGAUGUCACCUGUGUCAUUGACACUGGAAAACACCGUGAGAUGAGGUCAGUCUCUAUUCUACUAUUUCUGUGAGAUUAUCUAACCUUCCAUUAGGUUUGAUGAGAGAAGACAGUUAUCUAGGCUCCUAGAAACAUUCAUCAGUAAAGCGAAUGCU